AUGGCUUCCAUAGAUGUGACAGAGAUUUUAAGAGGAUCUUCUGCGCCAUCUGAGCCACCCGUGAAACGAUAUCGUCCAGCUGCCUCGGAAGCUGAGCAAAAUUUGCCAACUAGCAUUGCUUCAACGAAACCAGAAGACAUUCUUGCUGCACUCGAACAACACGCCGCACAAGCAGUUACCGUUGAUGAGGCUCACAUUCGAAAAAUUACAUUGCAGCUGGAAAGGAAAACUUUGAAGAAUCGAGAAAUGCGUACCAAGCACGCCGACGACCCUAAGAAGUUCAUGGAUUCGGAAGUAGAAUUAGAUACCGCAAUACAGGAAAUGCAUGUCCUAGCUACGCAGCCGGAUCUUUAUCACUGCUUCGUAGAAGCAGGGGGUCCUUCUCUUAUGCUUACGCUACUCAGUCAUGAAAAUUCCGACAUUCUCGGUGCCACCGUUAACUUGUUACAGGAAUUGACUGAUGUGGACAUCUUAAACGAGGGUGAAGCAGGAGCAGCGCAGUUGAUUGAGAGUUUAGCGUCAGGUCGAAUUAUCGAGUCGUUCCUCACAGCAUUCGAAAAGCUAGACGAAAAAGUGAAAGAUGAUGCAGAUGCCAUUCACAAUGCUCUCAGUGUAGUUGAAAAUAUGAUUGACUUCCGGCCAGAAACUGCUGAAGACUGCGUGAAUCAGAAUCUGUUCCUCUGGUUGCUACGUAGGGCAUGUCAAAAGGGGCAAUUUGAUGCAAAUAAGAUGUACGCUAGUGAGUUGGUCGCGCUUCUGCUUCAGUUAUCUGAAACGGCGAAGAGAAAGCUUACUGAAAAGGUGGAUGGUAUUGACAUGCUGCUCCGUGCUCUGGCCGCCUACAAGCGACAUGAUCCAGAAAGUAUGGAUGAACGAGAACAUAUGGAAAAUUUGUUCGAUGCAUUAUGUGCUGCUCUCAUGCUGCCAGUCAAUAGAGGAAAGUUCUUAGAUGGUGAAGGCUUGCAGCUAAUGAAUUUGAUGUUGAGAGAAAGGAAGCAAUCUAGGGAGAGCGCAUUGAAGGUACUCGAUCAUGCCACAACAGGACCGGAGGGCAAGGACAACUGCAACAAGUUCGUAGAAAUUUUGGGUUUACGAACACUCUUCCCGCUUUAUAUGCGUACGCCGUCAAAGGUGAAGAGGAAGGACACUACGCCUGACGAACACGAGGAGCAUGUUUGUGCCGUGAGUUUUUCCAUAUAUUCGCUGAACAUGUAA